AUGAAUUCAUCUAUAUAUAUCCACACCAGGCUCAAGUACCUAGCAACAAAAGUCAGCAAACAACAAACCAUCCUCCUUGAGUUCUUUUUCUUGACUCUCUUCUACAGAUCCAUCAAAAGAAAUAUCUUGGCUAGAAAUCUGGCUGCUGUUCUUGCCAAGCAAAUCAUGCACCGAUCUACUUUUGCUGCAAACAAAGCAACUUCAAUAACUUCGAGUAUACCUAAAGGUUACUUAGCAGCGUAUAUUGGUGAGACAGAAAAGACGCGAUUUGUAAUUCCAAUAUCGUAUCUGAAGGAGCCUUCAUUUCAAGACUUGCUAAGUAAAGCAGAAGAGGAGCAUGGUUUUGUUAACAGCUAG